AAGUCUAGACUCUAGAUAUAAUCUAGAUCUAGAUUGUCUAGAAUCUAGAUUAUUCUAGAUCUAGAGUGUAGUGUAGGUAUAGAUAUAACUAGAGUAGUAGAGUAGUCUAGGCUAGGCUAGCUAGACUUAGAAUCUAAAUUUUAGACUAGAGAUUAGAUUUAGAGUCUAGCUAGAGUAGUAGAGACUAGAGUCACUCGUCACUAGUCGGGUGGGAGCAUUUAGUUUAGUUUUAAGUGAAUGAGACAAACUUUGACUUUUCACUUAUUAGUCAAAUUUUACUUAAAACCUGGAAAUAGGGCAGAAGUUCUGAGCAUCAAGUCUUCAGUAAUGUUUACUUUGCUUUGAGGCAAAGUUUUUAUGAUGUUAACAUUUGAUUAAAAUUUGACAAAAUCAACAAAUUGUUGGAUAAUAAAAUGGAUCUAGACGCUCCACUAACAAGUGUACCUGAAGAAUUGAAAAGAUUAGUACGAUUGAUUGUUCGAGGAUUUUAUGCACAAGAGCAUACUGUUGUGAUUGAUAUGCUAGUCAGACAUCCUUGUGUAAAGGAAGAUGAUCUUGCAGAGCUGCUCAAGUUUGAGAGGAAACAUUUAAGAUCCAUUUUGAAUAUGCUAAAGAUUGACAAGUUCUUGAAGACACGUAUGAGGGUUGAAACAGACGAAGAAGGUCGCACAACAAGACACACUUUUUAUUUCAUUAAUUACAGUGUUUUUGUCAAUGUUGUGAAAUACAAGUUGGAUCACAUGCGUCGUAAGAUUGAAAUGGAUGAACGUGACAAUACAAGCCGAUCAUCUUUCAAGUGUCCCCAAUGUCUGAAGGCUUACACUGAUUAUGAAGUAGGGGAAUUGCUGGAUCCAUCAACAGGGGAGUUAGUCUGUACAUACUGCCAAACUACAGUUGUUGAAGAUGAAAGCUCAGUGCCCACACAGGAUGCCCGCACAUUACUUGCACGCUUCAAUGAGCAGAUACAACCUAUUUAUGACCUGCUACGUGUGUGCGAGGAUGUUAGGUUGGCACCAGAAGUGCUAGAACCUGAACCAACGGACAUGAAGAAACUUAUCAGUCGCAAUGCGCCUACAACACAGAAGCAAGUGGAUGCUGACAAGACUGUAUGGAGCGGUGACUCCACUCGCAACAUUGAGUUUGGUUAUAGUGAAAACAGAGUGACAAUUACAAUGGAUAAUGAAAACUCCACCAAGGUGGAGAAGAAAGACCAGCCCAUUUGGAUGACUAAAAGCACCAUUGAUGGAAGUUCAGCUUUGGAUUCAUCUGCCAUGGAGCUAAAAAUAUCAGAACCAGAAAAACGAGGAAAAAAUGUUGGGGCAGAUGAUAUUCUACAGACAUUAUUGGUGCAUGAGCCCAAGGCAGGCCCUUCACGUUUCAACAUCCCAGACUCUAGUGGAGAAUCAGAUAAUGAGGAGCUGAAAAAUGCAGAUGAUGUGGAAGAAAUGGAUAGUGAGGAUGAGGAGGAUGGUGGGCCAAUGGUCAGUAUUGGAUCUAGUCGUGUGCCUUACAAUAGUGUCACCUCAGAGAUGGUAGCCGCCAUGACACCCUUGGAGAAGGAGGAGUAUAUCAGGAUAGGGCAGCAGCUGUAUGAGAACAUGUACGACUGAUUCCAUUGGCUUUGACUAUGACCUCAUUUAUCUAAGGGUGACCUCAGCAUUUCUUGGUAACCUUUUUUACAAGUUCUACAUUCAUAUUUCUGGAUGUCCCUUACUAAACUUUAUCAAGAUACUUUGUCUCAGGGAGCUAGUGCUCAUGUUUUGUACAUGACAAAUGUUCAAAGUAUUGUUGAUAUUUUUUUAAAAACUUUUCCUUCAAUGGAGGUAUAAAGAACAAUUGCAACUUUAACUUUGAUGGGACAGUUGGAAUGUUUUAUUUUAUAAGUGAAAAACUUUGAAACUUGUUGGAAGUCUAUAUUCUCUUGUAGCUCAUUAUAUGCUCAAGAAAUGGCCAGCAUUAUCAUCAGCAUUGCUGUGUGUGUGCUGACUGAAAAGAUAAUCCUUAAUGAUUGUGUAAGAGGGAAGGUAACCAUGUACUACUUAUUGACAUGUGAAGACUUUGACUUUGUUAUUUAUAAAGACUACGCCUGAUAAUAUGCUCUUAUGGUUGAGCUUGACUGAUAUUGUACACAAGUGAAUAUGGUACAGUAAAGUCCUGAAGACCAGAUAGACCAGUGGAAGUAAAUUCCAGUAAAAACAAUUUAGUUCAUUACAGUGAUGAUUAUAGAUAAUAAUGAUAUUGGGUUUACAUUCUUGAAAUACCCUAUAAAGAGUGUUUGGUUUCAUUCUAUGUUUUACCUCACCCUUUCAUUAAGAAUUUGUUUUUUCCUUAAUUUCUUAGGCACUCAAAUUUGUUGAGUUACUACAUCAACAUAAAUGUGACUUAGUAUAUUUUUGGCAUUGGAAACACUUAGAAGUAGAAAUAUAAAUUUCUCUAACAUGAAGUUAAAAAAAAACUUUCAUAAAAGUUUUGUGGAAAGUAUAUGGAUACUUGUUCAUUCUUUCUGGUAUAGUUACAUGAAACUCAUAGCAUUUAAUAUCUGUUAAUAUUUUUUCUUUGAAACUUUUGGUCUUUUCCAAAGCCGCUUUGACUUGUGUCAAAUAAUGAAAACUUUGUUGCCCACAAGUUCCAAAUGAUACAUUCAGCUGAAGCUUCCGAAAAAUUUUAUGUGUUGAAUUUUUGUUCCAACAUUGAUCUCUGUAUUUAGCCAACUUAACAAUUUGUCAUUGGUAAAGUUCAAGUUGUACAGAAGUCUUGGAAACUUUCACUGAUCUAUGUAAAGUAGAGUGACUAUUGCUGAACAGUUUGCAGCUACUUUUAGUUUUCAAUUUUUUGCUCCAUAAUGGUUAGACCUAUGGAAAAACUAAAAGUAUCUAGGCAUUGCCCAACCAUUUUCCGAUAAAAAUAGAUGCAUUGUUUAGUUUUUCAACAGAUUUUUAAAUUUUACAGUCAAAUCGACUGAGAUAUGGUCAGUCACAAUUAUGGAACAGGAUUUUUUAAGAAGUCACAAUUGCGGAACACGGUACAGUAGUUUAGCAGAAAAUUUCAAAAUAAAGUAGAUUUUAACUAAUUUCAACGAGCUGUUCCGCAAUCAUGCCUGCUCCGCAAUAGUGACUCUACUAUAUUAAGUCAACUUCAAAUUUUGUCGUUUGUAAAGUUCAAGUUGUACACAAGUCUUGGAAACUUUCACUGAUCUAUGUAUAGUUAUGUUUAUGUUGAAUGAUCAAAUGUUGUUUGAUGUCUGAUUGUCUUGUAAUGUUGUUAAUAAAUGCAUUUGAUUGGUC